AUGUUUUUUUUUUUUCAGAGUGAACAAAUAACGUUCCUGUGUAUUUUAUUCGCCAUGAUUAUAAUUGGCAAUUGUCUAGUUAUCGUGUCUAUAUCCCUAUCUAAGAACAGAAGAUCGCGGAUGAAUUUCUUCAUAUUAAACCUAGCCAUCGCAGAUAUAUCAGCCGGUUUAGUAAACGUUUUAACAGAUAUUAUAUGGAAGAGUACGAUAGAUUGGCAUGGUGGUAACGUAGGCUGUAAACUAGUACGUUAUGCGCAAGGAGUUGUGACGUAUGGUGCAACGUUUGCUUUGGUGGCACUUAGCAUAGAUCGCCUUGAUGCUAUCGCACGACCUCUAAAAUUCUCAGGAAAAACACGUUCCAAAAUUUUGGUAUCGUUGGCAUGGGGUUGUGCUCUGACUUUCUCUGUACCAAUGCUUGUUAUUAAUGAACGUAUAAUAGUAGACGGUCGACCCCAAUGCUGGAUAGAGUUUCCAGAAGCUUGGUAUUGGAAGCUGUAUAUAACGAUAAUCGCUAUAGGACUGUUUAUUAUACCAGCCGUAUUGAUUGCAGUCUGCUAUAUUAUAAUAGUAGUUAUAUUAUGGAGAAAAACGUCGUUACAAGUACCCAACUCAGUUACCUCAGAGAAAAGAUACAUCACAAAUAGUUCCUAUAUAUCGAGUAGAAGUAAUCGUAAUAACAGAAAGAAAGAAAUGUUGACUGCUUGUAGUUCACGUGGUCUUAUUCCUAAAGCAAAAUUAAAAACUAUUAAAAUGACCCUCGUUAUUGUGUUAGUGUUUAUUAUUUGUUGGAGUCCGUAUUUCGUGUUCGAUUUAUUGGAUGUCUAUCAUCAUCUGCCGUCAGAUCAACAAACAGUGGCUAUAAGUACUUUUAUACAGAGUCUAGCUCCUUUAAACAGUGCUGCUAACCCCAUUAUAUAUUUUCUCUUUAAUACUAAAAUGUGUUUCUAUCUACUUCGCUAUCGACCCAAACACCAAGGAUCUCCUAUGUCCAACACCCACUUAACAAGUAUUUAA